AUUCUCUCAUUUUUUUCAAUCGCGUCAGCCAGCCAGUCAUUUCAACAGGGGUUGCCACGCGGCAGAAGUCAGACCCUCCUUAUUACCUACAUUACAUUAUCUACGCAGAUAGUCAGUCGAUGUUCUAUUCAUGGAUGAACCUAAUACUGUACCACCAAUCUGUUAUCCAUAAUAACCGGCCAGCAAACCUCAAAAUAUCAAUCACAUCGCAUCAAGCCUUGCCCUAGGUCCGAAGCAAUGAUUGUAUGAACUGCACUCCUUGAUCCGAGUAAUUGCGCGUUGCUUGUCGCUCGUUAUAACAUCGCCAACCUGCACCGCAAACUCCGUUAUCUCGAUGCCUCACUCUACGAGCUCGGGCUCAUAUGCCCGAGAAUCCUCCGUACCCCGAUCCAAUGCCAAGCAUCCAGACGACCAAGAUGAUGAUUCCGGCCUAGAGAAGUUUCCAGACCAUAUCGAUUCUCCGGCAAUGCGCGCCAAUGGUGCAAGAUCCAUGAGCCCUGCCGGGCUGAACGCAUAUGGGAUUGGGUUGAGUGGAGGAGCUCAGAUAAAUGGAGAUCGUUGGCAACCACGGAGGGACCUUUCUGCAUCAAGAGGUGUACGAUUUGGCUCCCCACUAGGUCCGUCAGCAGGUAUUCCUCGAGGCCACGGGCGACAGAAGAGUAUUAGUGAAGCCUUCCGUACUAUCAGGGAUAGAAACGGCAGUGUUAGCCAGAAUGCCCAUGAAUUAGCAGAUGCGCUACGGGCACCCGUAUCCCCCAAGCUCAUUAUUCUCUGUAUAAUGUGGUAUAUGUCAUCUGCCUUGACAAAUACGUCUUCGAAAUCCAUUCUAAACGCUUUCAACAAACCUGCCACCUUGACCAUGAUCCAGUUCUUCUUGGUCGCCUUUUACUGUCUGGCUUCCUCGUGGCUGGCCAGUGUAUUCCCCUCCCUACGAGAUUCGAUCCCGGCAUUGAAGAAUCCAGUACGAUACCCAUCGAGAGAUGUCAUUAUGACAACGCUCCCCUUAGCUGGAUUCCAGAUUGGUGGCCAUCUACUGAGUUCCACGGCAACCUCUAAGAUUCCGGUAUCUAUGGUACAUACCGUAAAGGGGCUUUCACCAUUAUUCACCGUUUUUGCUUACCGCUUUAUAUUCGACAUACGAUAUCCGAGAGCUACAUAUUUCUCACUGGUACCGCUUACAUUAGGUGUGAUGCUCGCCUGUUCGUCGAACCACACUUUUAAAGGAGAGAUUGUAGGAAUCAUAUACGCUCUUUUAGCGACUAUUAUUUUCGUCACACAGAAUAUCUUUUCUAAGAGGCUCUUUAACGAGGCUGCCAAAGCAGAGGCAGAUGGUUUAUCAGCAAAAUCCCGCAAGCUUGAUAAAUUAAACCUUCUAUGUUAUUCCUCUGGUCUUGCUUUUCUGUUAACGUCCCCAAUCUGGUUUUGGGGUGAAGGUAUCGGACUUAUUAGGGACGUCUACCAUGACGGUUCGGUAGAUCUCUCUUCGCACCCCAACAGCUUUGAUCAUGGGCGUUUGACACUCGAGUUUCUGUUCAACGGCACUUUUCAUUUCGGACAAAAUAUUCUAGCUUUUGUCUUGCUAUCGAUGGUAUCACCCGUAACAUACUCGGUUGCAUCUCUUAUUAAGCGAGUGUGGGUUAUUACAGUCGCGAUUCUAUGGUUCCGCAACCCUACGACUCCAAUCCAGGCCGUAGGCAUUGCACUGACAUUCCUUGGUCUCUACUUGUACGAUCGGACGAACGAUAGCAACAAGGCUGACCGACGCGCACGUCUUUUAAGUCAGAGUGCGGGAGGGGACCAACCACUGCUACCGCUCAAUACGGCCCAAAAUAAAACAGGAGUUUCCGGCCAAACACCACAGAUUUUCGGAAGCCCGAUAUCUAUGUCUAACGGACCGACGCCUCAUCCUUAUACUAAUGGUCAUUCUUCGCAAACAAGUUCCGUAGCCGAUGAUUUUAAGAAAAGCGAUGAUGCCGGCAAAGGCCGACAAAGAGGUAGCAGUAACGCGGCUUGGUUACCACCCGGUACUAGGCAGGAAGAAACUUGGAGAUACGAGGAUAGAGUUAGUGUUCGAUGAUUUAUAGGCUUUCCGAAUAGAGCCAGAAGUUUAUGAGACGUCAGAAGUUACGUAUGAAAACUAUUUUUUUUUUGGUACACGGGAUAGUCAGUACCUAUUCAAAAAGUUGUUAUCACUGCAAUUAUCUUGCAAAUAGAGGCUCGUGGUUAGGUGGUUAUGAGCUGGGCCUACAAGGCAUGAGGCGGAAUGGGACUGGAAGGCGUACAAUUUGGUCGUCUGUACAAGUAUCUUAUAGAUCAAUGGGAUGCGAUGUUUGCAUAGGCGUAGGAUUUAGAUUUGUGCUGUAAAGGCAUUUUAUACUUAUACAUACUAGUUCAAUCCUAGACCGGAUCGGACAAAUGGGGACUACCUAUGUACAUGUAGAUAACAUUAAGGUACAUAGAGAUAGAAAAGUCUUUUAGGUAGUGGAG